CAGGGAGAGGACAAGAUUCAUUUCUGGGCCAAGAUUUCUUCAGAUUCCCUCAGAGACCCUGUUAUCCAGGCUGCUCCCCCAACACUGGGCCUGGGGCCAGCUGCAUUUCUUGACCAUCACGUGGUUUCCCGGCUUAGCUGGGCUAAGGGGAGGAGCAAGGUCCAGAGUCAACGCUGCCCCAAGCCCUAGGUUGACCAGAAGGGAACAGAUAGACAAACAGAUCUAACCCCUCUUGGAUUCAUGAGCCAUGAGGCUCCUCUGCGGGUUGAUCUGGAUGUCCAGCUUCUUCACCUUGUCGCUGCAGAAGCCAAGGUCCAGGGGAAGGUUGCUCCUGUUCUCUCCUUCUGUGGUUAAUCUGGGAGUGCCCCUGUCAGUGGGGGUGCAACUCCAUGAUGUCCCCCCAGGACAGGUAGUGAAAGGAUUUGUGUUCCUGAGAAACCCAAGUCAUAAUAAUGAUGCCUGUUCCCCAAAGAAGGACUUCACCCUCAGCUCAGAAAAAGACUUUCUACUCCUCAGCCUCCAGGUCCCUAUUGAAGACGCAAAUAGCUGUGGCCUCUUCAAACUGCGCAGAGCCCCUGAGGUCCAGCUAGUAGCCCAGUCUCCAUGGCUAAAGAAUUCUCCAUUAAAAGACACAGAUAGUCAAGGUGUCAACCUGCUCUUCUCCUCUCGCCGGGGGCACCUCUUUCUGCAGACUGAUCAGCCCAUUUAUAACCCUGGCCAGCGAGUUAAAUACCGAGUCUUUUCACUGGAUCAAAAGAUGCGUCCAACCACUGACCCCCUCAUAGUCUCAGUGGAGAAUUCUCAUGGUCUCCUUGUGCGGAAGAAGGAGAUAUACGUUUCCUCAUCCAUCUUCCAGGAUGACUUCCUGAUUCCAGACAUCUCAGAGCCAGGGACCUGGAAGAUCUCAGCCCGAUUCUCAGAUAGCCUGGAAUCUAACAGCAGCACCCAGUUUGAAGUGAAGAAAUAUGUCCUUCCCAACUUUGAAGUGAAGAUCAUCCCUGGGAAGCCCUACAUUCUGACAGCACCUGACUACCUUGGUGAAAUUCAAUUAGACAUUCAGGCCAGGUACAUCUAUGGGAAGCCUGUGCGUGGGGUGGCAUAUGUGCGCUUUGCACUUUUGGAUGAGGAUGGUGAAAAGACUUUCCUUCGGGGACUGGAGACUCAGACCAAGUUGGUGGAUGGCCAGAGCCACAUUUCCCUCUCAAAGGCUGAGGUUCUGGGUGCCCUGGAGAAGCCUAAUAUUAAUAUCAUUGACCUUCUGGGGCUGCGUCUCUAUGUUGCAGCAGCCAUCAUUGAGUCUCCAGGAGGAGAGAUGGAGGAGGCAGAGCUCACAUCCUGGCGUUUUGUGUCAUCUGCUUUUUCCUUGGAUCUUAGUAACACCAAGCAACAUCUUAUACCUGGGGCCCCCUUCCUGCUGCAGGCGCUGGUCCGGGAAAUGUCAGGCUCCCCAGCUUCUGACAUUCCUGUCAAAGUUUCUGCCACUUUCUUUUCUGGACACGUUUCUAAAGUUGAAGACUUUCAACAAAACACAGAUAGGAUUGGCCAAGUCAGCAUUCCCAUCAUUGUCCCACAGACCACCACAAAACUGCAACUCUUGGUGUCUGCAGGCUCUGUCCAUCCAGCCACAGCCAGUUUCACGGUGCAAGCCCCACCCUCAGGAAGCGCUGGCUUUCUGUCUAUUGAGCGUUUGGAUACUCAGCCCCCUCGUGUUGGGGACACUCUUAACCUAAACCUGCGAACUGUGGGCAUCAGCGGGGCUACCUUCUCUCAUUACUACUACAUGAUCCUAUCCCGGGGUGAGAUCGUGUCCAUGAAUCGAGAGCCCAGGAGGACCCUGACCUCAGUCUCUGUGUUUGUGGACCAUCACCUGGCACCCUCCUUCUACUUUGUGGCCUUCUGCUAUCAUAGAGGAAUCCUAGUGGCCAAUUCCCUGCGAAUUGAUGUCCAGGCUGGGGCCUGUGAGGGCAAGCUGGAGCUCAACCUGGAUGGUGCCAAGGAGUAUCGCAACGGGGAGAGUAUAAAGCUUCACUUGCAAACUGAUUCCCUGGCCCUGGUGGCAUUGGGAGCUGUGGAUACAGCUCUAUAUGCUGUGGGUGGCAGGUUCCACAAACCUCUCAACAUGGGCAAGGUCUUUGAAGUUAUGAACAGGUAUAACCUUGGCUGCGGUCCUGGUGGUGGAGACAGUGCCAUUCAGGUGUUCCAGGACGUGGGUCUGGCCUUUUCUGAUGGAACCCAGUUGACCCCAACAAGAGAGAGCCUGAGCUGUCCUAAGGAGAAGAAAACCCGGCAGAAGAGAAAUGUGAACUUCCAAAAGGCAAUUAGUGAGAAGUUGGGCCAGUACGCUUCCCCAGCUGCCAAGCGUUGCUGUCAGGAUGGGCUGACGCGACUACCUAUGGCACGCUCCUGUGAGCAACGGGCAGCUCGAGUGCCACAACUCGCUUGUCGGGAGCCCUUCCUGUCCUGUUGCCAGUUUGCUGAGAGCCUGCGCAAGAAGAUCCGGGCUGGGGGCCGGGUGGGCCUUGCCCGAGUCCUGGAGGCCCUGCAGGAGGAGGACCUGAUUGAUGAAGAUGACAUUCUUGUGCGCAGUUUCUUCCCAGAAAACUGGCUCUGGAGAGUAGAGACUGUGGACCGCUCCCAAACAUUAACACUCUGGCUCCCCGACUCUCUAACCACAUGGGAGAUCCAUGGUGUGAGCCUAUCCAAGAGCAAAGGUCUGUGUGUGGCCACACCAGCCCGUCUCCGAGUGUUUCGUGAGUUCCACCUACACCUCCGCCUGCCUCUCUCUGUCCACCGCUUUGAGCAGCUUGAGCUGCGGCCUGUCCUCUACAACUACCUGGAUAAAAACCUGACUGUGAGCGUCCAUGUGUCCCCAGUGGAGGGGCUGUGCCUGGCUGGAGGUGGAGGGCUGGCCCAGCAGGUGCUGGUGCCUGCUGGCUCUGCCCGCCCUGUUGCCUUCUCUGUGGUGCCCACAGCAGCUGCUGCUGUGUCUCUGAAGGUGGUGGCUCGAGGGUCUUUUGAAUUUGCUGUGGGGGAUGCAGUAUCUAAGGUUCUGCAAAUUGAGAAGGAAGGAGCCAAACACAUAGAGGAGAUGGUCUAUGAACUCAACCCCUUGGACAACCAAGGCCGCAGCUUAGAAAUUCCUGGCAACUCAGAUCCCAAUAUUAUCCCUGAUGGAGAUUUCAACAGCUUUGUCAGGGUUACAGCCUCAGAUGCAUUGGAAACUUUGGGCUCUGAGGGAGCCUUGUCCCCAGGAGGCCUGGCCUCCCUCCUGAGGCUUCCCCAGGGCUGUGCAGAACAAACCAUGAUCUACUUGGCUCCAACACUGGCUGCUUCCCGCUAUCUGGACAAGACAGAGCAGUGGAGCAAACUGCCCCCUGAGACCAAGGACCGGGCUGUGGAUCUGAUCCAGAAAGGCUACAUGCGAAUCCAGCAGUUUCGGAAGACAGAUGGUUCCUAUGGGGCUUGGUUACACCGAGACAGCAGCACCUGGCUCACAGCCUUUGUGCUGAAGGUUCUGAGUUUGGCCCAGGAGCAGGUGGGCGGGUCACCUGAAAAGCUGCAAGAGACAGCCCAGUGGCUGCUAUCCCAGCAGCAGGCAGAUGGCUCGUUCCAGGACCCCUGUCCAGUUAUCCACAGGGGCAUGCAGGGGGGGUUGGUGGGAAAUGAUGAGACCGUGGCACUUACAGCCUUUGUGGUCAUUGCUCUUCAUCACGGGCUGGCCGUCUUCCAGGAUGAGAGUACAAAGCAGUUGAAGCAGAGAGUGGAAACCUCCAUCUCAAAGGCAAACUCGUUCUUAGGAGAGAAGGCAAGUGCUGGGCUCCUAGGUACCCAUGCAGCUGCCAUCACGGCCUACGCCCUGACAUUGACCAAGGCCUCCCAGGACCUGCGGAAUGUUGCCCACAACAACCUCAUGGCCAUGGCCCAAGAGACUGGUGAUAACCUAUACUGGGGUUCUGUUAUUGGGUCUCAAAACAAUGUUGUGUCACCCACCUUGGCCCCACGUAGCCCAACAGAUCCUGUGCCCCAGGCACCAGCCCUGUGGAUUGAAACCACAGCCUAUGGCCUGCUGCACUUGCUGCUUCGGGAGGGAAAGGCAGAGCUGGCUGACCAGGCUGCAUCCUGGCUCACCCAUCAGGGCAGCUUCCAAGGAGGAUUCCGCAGCACCCAGGACACAGUGGUUACCCUGGAUGCUCUGUCUGCAUAUUGGAUUGCUUCCCACACCACUGAGGAGAGAGGACUCAAUGUGACGCUCAGCUCCAUUGGCCGCAGUGGGUUCAAGUCUCAUGUACUGCAGCUGAACAACCACCAAAUUAAGGGGCUGGAAGAGGAGCUUCAGUUUUCCCUGGGAAGCAAGAUUAAUGUGAAUGUGGGAGGAAACACCAAAGGGACCUUGAAGAUCCUUCGUACCUACAAUGUCCUGGACAUGAAGAACACAACCUGCCAGGACCUUCAGAUUGAGGUGACAGUCACAGGUCAUGUGGAGUAUACAAGGGAAACAAACGAAGACUACGAGGACUACGAGUAUGACGCGUUUCUAGCUGGGGAUGACCCAGGUGCCCACUCUCAGCCUGUGACACCCCUGCAGCUGUUUGAAGGACGGAGGAACCGUCGCAGAAGGGAGGCACCCAAGGUGGCAGAAGAGCAGGAAUCCAGAGUGCAGUACACUGUGUGUAUCUGGCGAAAUGGCAAGGUGGGGCUGUCUGGCAUGGCCAUUGCAGACAUCACUCUCCUCAGUGGAUUCCGUGCCUUGCGGGCUGACCUGGAGAAGCUGACCUCUCUCUCUGACCGUUAUGUGAGUCACUUUGAGACCGAUGGGCCCCACGUCCUACUGUACUUCGACUCGGUGCCUACCUCCCGGGAGUGCGUGGGCUUUGGAGCUGUGCAGGAGGUGGCCGUGGGACUGGUGCAGCCAGCCAGCGCAGCCCUGUAUGACUACUACAGCCCCGAGCACAAAUGUUCUGUGUUUUAUGGGGCACCAAGUAAGAGCAAACUCCUGUCUACCUUGUGCUCUGCUGACGUCUGCCAGUGUGCUGAGGGGAAGUGCCCUUGGCAGCGUCGCGCCCUGGAGCGGGGGCUGCAGGAUGAGGAUGGUUAUAGGAUGAAGUUUGCCUGCUACUAUCCCCGUGUGGAGUAUGGCUUCAAGGUCCAGGUUCUCCGAGAAGAUGGCAGAGCUGCUUUCCGCCUCUUUGAAACUAGGAUCACCCAAGUCCUGCACUUCACCAAGGAUGCCAAGGCUGCUGCUGGUCAGACUCGCAACUUCCUGGUCCGGGCCUCUUGCCGCCUUCGCUUGGAACCUGAGAAAGAAUAUUUGAUCAUGGGUCUGGAUGGGUCCACCUAUGACCUUAAAGGAGAUCCUCAGUACCUGCUGGACUCAAACAGCUGGAUUGAGGAGAUGCCCUCUGAACGCCUGUGCCGGAGCACCCGCCAGCGAGCAGCCUGUGCCCAGCUCAGUGAUUUCCUCCAGGAGUACAGCACACAGGGGUGCCAGGUGUGAAUGCUGCUCAGCUGCUGCCCCAGGCAGACCUGAGCUGGGAGAAGUGGCACAUGGCAGUGCUGCUGCUCCUGGGCCCCUAAACACAACCAUGUGGUUUGGGGCAUAAUAAA